CGUCGGACAGCUUACUGGUAUGUACCGUUACAAGUACAAGUUGAUGCACCAGAUUCGUUCUUGCAAGGAUCUCAAGCAUUUGAUCUACUAUCGCUUCAACUCGGGACCUGUGGGUAAGGGUCCUGGAUGCGGAUUCUGGGCCCCGGCCUGGCGUGUUUGGCUCUUCUUCAUGCGUGGUAUUAUUCCUCUGCUCGAGAGAUGGCUCGGAAACCUGCUGUCCCGUCAGUUCGAGGGUCGCCACAGCAAGGGUGUUGCCAAGACUGUCACCAAGCAACGUGUGGAGUCUCACUUCGAUCUUGAACUCCGUGCAUCUGUCAUGGCGGAUCUCAUGGACAUGAUGCCCGAGGGUAUCAAGCAGAACAAGGUCAACACUGUGCUCCAACAUCUGUCGGAGGCAUGGAGAUGCUGGAAGAGUAACAUCCCUUGGAAGGUUCCUGGCCUUCCGGCGCCCAUUGAGAAUAUUAUUCUCCGUUACGUCAAGAGCAAGGCCGACUGGUGGAUUUCCGUCGCUCACUACAACCGUGAACGUAUCCGUCGUGGUGCCACCGUUGAUAAGACAGUUGCAAAGAAGAACCUUGGUCGACUCACCCGGUUGUGGCUCAAGGCUGAGCAAGAGCGUCAACACAACUACCUUAAGGAUGGUCCCUACGUGUCGUCCGAGGAAGCUGUGGCCAUCUACACAACUAUGGUCCACUGGCUUGAGUCUCGCAAGUUCUCUCCGAUCCCCUUCCCUAGUGUUUCUUACAAGCAUGACACCAAAAUCCUGAUCCUUGCUCUGGAGCGUCUGCGUGAAUCCUACUCCGUCAAGGGUAGACUCAACCAGAGUCAGCGUGAGGAGCUCGCUCUCAUCGAACAGGCGUACGAUUCCCCUGGAACGACCCUAGCCAGAAUCAAGCGUUUCCUCUUGACUCAGCGAGCCUUCAAGGAAGUUGGCAUUGAUAUGAACGACAAUUACAGCCAUAUCAAUCCCGUGUACGACGUGGAGCCCAUCGAAAAGAUCACUGACGCCUAUCUCGACCAGUAUCUGUGGUACCAGGCAGAGCAGCGCCACUUGUUCCCCGCUUGGAUCAAGCCCUCGGACUCUGAGGUGCCCCCCUUGUUGACUUACAAGUGGGCUCAGGGUAUCAACAACUUGGACAAUGUCUGGGAGACUGCUGAUGGCGAGACGAACGUUAUGAUCGAGACCGAGCUGUCCAAGGUCUAUGAGAAGAUGGAUCUUACUUUGUUGAACCGCAUGCUUCGCCUUAUCAUGGACCACAACUUGGCUGACUACAUCACUUCCAAGAACAACGUGCAGCUCAGCUACAAGGACAUGAAUCAUACCAACAGCUACGGUUUGAUUCGCGGUCUGCAGUUCUCCGGCUUCGUUUUCCAGUACUAUGGCCUGAUGAUCGAUUUGCUGCUCCUCGGUCUGCAGAGAGCUAGUGAAAUGGCUGGGCCCCCUGCAAGCCCCAACGACUUCCUGCAGUUCAGAGACCGUGCUACUGAGACGAAGCAUCCUAUUCGUCUGUACACACGUUACGUCGACAAGAUCUGGGUCUUCCUUCGAUUUUCUGCCGAUGAGUCUCGAGACUUGAUUCAGCGCUUCUUGACUGAGAACCCCGAUCCCAACUUCGAAAAUGUCAUCGGGUACAAGAACAAGAAGUGUUGGCCGCGUGAUUGCCGCAUGCGUUUGAUGCGUCAUGAUGUCAACUUGGGUCGCGCUGUAUUCUGGGAUCUGAAGAACCGCCUUCUGUUCUCUAUGUCCGGAUUCGAAGUCCGCAUUCUUCCUAAGUGCCGCAACCAAAAUGAGGAGUUCUCGGUGAAGGACAGCGUUUGGUCUCUGGUCGAUAACUCGACUAAGGAGCGCACAGCUCAUGCUUUCCUCCAGGUCACGGAGGAGGAUAUCCAGAAGUUCAACAACCGGAUUCGUCAGAUUCUCAUGUCGUCCGGUUCGACGACUUUCACUAAGAUCGCAAACAAGUGGAACACGGCUUUGAUCGCACUCUUCACCUACUACCGUGAAGCUGCUGUAUCCACUGUCAACCUUCUGGAUACGAUCGUCAAGUGCGAAACCAAGAUCCAGACCCGUGUCAAGAUUGGUCUGAACUCCAAGAUGCCUUCGCGUUUCCCUCCCGCCGUUUUCUACACCCCCAAGGAACUAGGAGGUCUGGGUAUGAUCUCUGGAUCCCACAUUCUCAUUCCGGCUAGCGACAAGCGGUGGUCCAAGCAAACGGAUACCGGCAUCACCCACUUCCGUGCGGGUAUGUCACAUGACGAAGAGACCCUGAUCCCGAACAUCUUCCGGUACAUCAUCCCCUGGGAAGCCGAGUUCAUUGACUCUCAGAGAGUGUGGAUGGAGUAUUCGCAGAAGCGGCAGGAGGCUCAGCAGCAGAACCGCCGCUUGACGUUGGAGGACUUGGAGGACAGCUGGGACCGUGGUCUGCCGCGUAUCAACACCCUGUUCCAGAAGGAUCGCAGUACGCUCAGCUUCGACAAGGGUUUCCGUCUUCGCGCCGAAUUCAAGCAAUACCAGCUGAUGAAGAGCAACCCGUUCUGGUGGACUAGUCAGAGGCAUGACGGAAAGCUGUGGAACUUGAACGCUUACCGUACCGACGUCAUCCAGGCCCUUGGUGGUGUCGAAACCAUUCUUGAGCACACCCUCUUUAAGGCAACUGCCUUCCCAUCAUGGGAAGGUCUCUUUUGGGAAAGAGCGAGUGGUUUCGAGGAAUCGAUGAAAUUUAAGAAGCUUACGAAUGCCCAAAGAUCCGGUUUGAAUCAGAUCCCGAACCGUCGGUUCACUUUGUGGUGGUCUCCUACCAUCAACCGUGCCAAUGUAUACGUUGGUUUCCAAGUCCAGCUGGAUCUUACCGGUAUUUUCUUACACGGUAAAAUCCCGACCUUGAAGAUUUCGUUGAUUCAGAUCUUCCGUGCCCACUUGUGGCAGAAGAUUCACGAGUCCGUCGUUAUGGAUCUGUGCCAAGUCUUCGAUCAGGAGCUUCAGCAGCUGGGUAUCGAGACAGUCCAGAAGGAGACUAUCCAUCCUCGUAAGUCUUACAAGAUGAACAGCUCUUGCGCCGACAUUUUGCUUUUCGCAACGAACAAGUGGAACGUCACGCGUCCUUCCUUGCUCUUCGAUACCAAGGACGUUUAUGAGCCAACCACGACAAACAAGUUCUGGCUUGACGUGCAGUUGAGAUAUGGUGAUUAUGACUCCCACGACAUCGAGAGAUAUGUUCGUGCCAAGUAUCUCGACUACACCACCGACAGCAUGAGUAUCUAUCCUUCGGCUACCGGUUUGAUGAUUGGCAUUGAUCUCGCGUACAACCUGUACUCGGCAUAUGGUCAGUACUUCCCUGGUCUGAAGACCCUGAUCCAGCAGGCUAUGGCCAAGAUCAUGAAGGCGAACCCUGCCUUGUAUGUCUUGAGAGAACGUAUCAGGAAGGGUCUGCAGCUCUAUGCUUCGGAAAGCAACCAGGAGUUCCUGAACUCCCAGAACUAUUCGGAGCUCUUCAGCCCUCAGAUCCAGCUGUUCAUUGACGAUACCAAUGUCUACCGUGUCACCAUCCACAAGACCUUCGAAGGUAAUUUGACGACCAAGCCCAUCAACGGUGCUAUCUUUAUCUUCAAUCCCAGAACCGGACAGCUGUUCUUGAAGAUCAUUCACACUAGUGUCUGGGCUGGACAGAAGCGUCUGGGUCAAUUGGCCAAGUGGAAGACAGCAGAAGAAGUGGCGGCUCUCAUCCGAUCCUUACCUGUAGAGGAGCAGCCGAAGCAGCUGAUUGUCACCCGUAAGGGUCUGUUGGAUCCUUUGGAAGUCCACCUGCUUGACUUCCCUAACAUUUCCAUCCGAGCUUCCGAGCUUCAGCUUCCUUUCCAGGCCGCGAUGAAGGUUGAGAAGCUUGCGGAUAUGAUUCUCCGGGCAACGGAGCCUCAGAUGGUUCUCUUCAACCUUUACGAUGAGUGGCUGAAAUCAAUCUCACCUUACAUUGCCUUCUCUCGUUUGAUUCUCAUUCUGAGAGCUCUCCACGUCAACAUCGAUAAGGCGAAGAUUAUCCUCAGACCUGACAAGAGUGUCAUAACCCAAGAGCAUCAUAUCUGGCCUUCAUUGUCGGAUGAGGAUUGGAUGAAGGUUGAAGUGCAAUUGCGUGACUUGAUUCUGAACGACUACGGCAAGAAGAACAAUGUCAACGUUCAGAGUCUGACGAGUAGUGAAGUUCGGGAUAUCAUCCUCGGUAUGGAGAUCAGUGCUCCUUCACUUCAACGUCAGCAGGCCGCGGAGAUCGAGAAGCAGCAGGAAGAGCAGAAGCAGCUCACGGCUGUUACGACGAAGACACAGAACGUCCGUGGCGAGGAUAUCAUCGUCACUACCACGUCUCAGUACGAGCAGCAAUCGUUUGCUUCCAAGACUGAGUGGCGCACACGGGCAAUCGCAACGUCCAACCUUCGUACGAGGUCUAACAACAUCUACAUCUCGUCGGAUGACGUCCGGGAGGAGGGAUACACCUACAUCAUGCCGAAGAACGUCCUCAAGCGCUUCAUCACGAUUGCAGAUCUCCGUGUGCAAGUUGCCGGAUACCUGUACGGUACCUCCCCUCCUGAUAACGACCAGGUGAAGGAAAUCCGCACCAUUGUCAUGAUCCCCCAGGUGGGCAAUACGCGUGAGGUGCAGUUGCCACAGCAGCUGCCCCAGCACGAUUAUCUCAACAACCUCGAACCUCUGGGUGUUAUCCACACCAUCUCUGGAAACGAGCCCCCUUACAUGUCGGCCAUGGAUGUUACACAGCAUGCUCGUUUGAUGAACGCCCACUCCUCCUGGGAUAAGAAGACGGUUACCAUGACAGUGUCUUUCACCCCUGGAUCCGUGUCACUUGCGGCCUGGGGUCUCACGCCCCAAGGCUACAAAUGGGGAGCAGAGAAUCGUGAUACCACGUCUGAUCAACCGCAAGGAUUCUCGACCAGCAUGGGAGAGAAGUGCCAGCUGUUGCUCAGUGACAAGAUCCGCGGAUACUUCCUGGUUCCGGAAGACAACGUCUGGAACUACAGCUUCAUGGGCAGCUCCUUCGGCGGAGUGGAGAAGCGGCCGGUGUACGUGAAGAUCGACACCCCUCUGAGAUUCUACGAUGAACAACAUCGUCCAUUGCACUUCCAGAACUUUGCGGAACUGGAAGAUAUAUGGGUUGACCGUUCUGAUAACUUUGCGUGAGCGAUGUGUGGAUGGCGUUUGCAUGAUACUAUUUUCCUUUUUCCUUUUAUAUGGACGAUUACGUUGUUUUGACAUUAUUUCCCAUAUCUUCAAGCCAUGUCUUUUUCCCCUCUCGAAGUUUUCUUUUCUUUUGAUGUUCGCAGUAUACAAAAUCCUCUCAUGUGUCUUACUAUGGUUACAUUUUUUGAUAUCGAUGCUUGGCAGCAAGUGAGGGAUGAAGAAGCCCAACGGAAGUGGAGAUCCGGUGGCGGGGAUGGGGCAAAAAUGGCUGCGCUAUGUACAGUAGACAUGUAGGUAGCGAUGUAUGUUUAAGAA